AUGCGACGACAAUCGCCCGCAGAGGAUAUCUUACAUCAAUAUUUCAUAUCAUCAUACUUUCGCACUUCGCUCGGGUUCCCUCAACUAAAAAAGAAAUUCCGACGUCAAGAGAAGUCGAAAACAUUUUCAUCCCCUACACCACUGACAUAUGCCGCUUCAGACGCAAAGGCAGCCUCGCGAAAUCUAUCGCUAAUGAACGCGAAACAAACUGACGGAAACAAUGCACAAAAUGUCUUUCUAACAAAUGCCUUUUCGCCCUCAAUAUCGCUUGACAAUAUUCAAGAAAACAAAGAGGAACCACCAAACAAUGUCAAAGGAUUCCACUUCAUACGACGAUCCGAGACAAAUGACCUAGCGCUUCAAACACCUAAUACAAAUUGUCGUAAUAACAAAGCAUAUCAUAUAAGUGAAGUAAUGUAUUACAACAGAAGCAUGCGCGAAGACGCUAAUGACCUCCGUAAGAAAGACUCUAAAUCAUUUGGGGCCGAUUCUCAUUCCAAAGGUUCGCAACCACCUGGCCCUGUGCCGACUAUUGUCGUACAGCGUGCCUCUCUUACAGAAUCAUUACACUCGUUAUCGUCCUAUAAUUUAUCUACACCCAACAAGGCACGCAAUGGAGAGAAUUACGGUGUGAUUGAGAAUAAGGUUAUGAAUGCUGAUGAUGCCCAAAACCUUCCGAGCGAAGGCUCAAAGGUACAGCAUUCAACGACAGACUCUAGUCAUGCUAAUCAAGAAGGGGAAAGUUCUACCGCGUCUAAUGUCAUACCUAAUGCUUCCGCAAUGGAUUUCCCAUAUCUCGCAUAUCCGAUCUUGGAUAAUGGUCGUCAGACAUUAGAUAAACCAUCCUCCACUGAUAAUUCCAUGCAUGGUCAAGCUGCUCCUGAUGUCGAUGAGGCCAAAUACACUUUCUUAUCAUCUUUAUUCAACGAUUCUGGCUCAGAUGACCUUGCGCUAACAAUGCCAUCUUCCAAUUCAAACACGACCCAACCGGCAAAUACCCACAUAGACAAUCAACUGGUAAACAAAUCUUCUAAUGGUCCAUAUGACACCCAAUAUUAUUCACAUACCGGGAAUUCUGUCACGCAAAGAGAUUUAUCGGAAGAGAGCUCGGAAAUUAACACGCUUGAAGAUAUUGCCAUUAAGAAUGCCGCAUUCGAUAACGAUGAUGAUAACGACAGUGAAGCACCUACAUCCGCUGCACCCAUAAUACAGUAUCAGCUAACAACUUAUUCAGUUACGUCCGUAUCGAGGAACGAUAACGUUACAGACAAGAAUGCAAACAACGCUAAUGUCAAUGCCUAUGAAACCAAGGGUAGCGAUAUCAGCCGUGAUAAUGACAACAAUAACGCGUAUCCAGGAUCUUCGAAUACCCGACUCUAUGAGCCAAUCGAACAAAGUGACGAGACGCCUGCGAAACCCCGGCCUCCUCCAAUGUCAUUGACUGACAUAUUGAUCGCAACCGGUCAAAUGGAUGUCGCUAACCAAGCCCUUGCCGUUCGCAGAGCUAAUGCAUUUCCAGAACCAGAAUCGCCCAAAUCGCCAACACGAAAAUUUGGGUUCAACAAAUUUAGAAGGACGCCCAAAAUCUCAGGACCAGUACUUGUUUCGAGUACUUCAAAUAUCAAAACGGUUCCCAUCGUGCACCUAAAUCCAAACGAAAACCUAAAGAUCUUCAAUAAACUUCAAAUUGAUGCUGCCGGAAUAUCCAAAUCCAUGAAAAAGUUUAAAGUAUUCGCACAAGAUGAGCCUAAUCGCACCAUGAACAUCUCGGAACCGGAAGUGUUAAUGACACCGUCUCUGUGUAAGUACUUUUCGGAAGAAACUCUCAGACGACGAUUUCAUAUCGAUCCCACACAGUCAAUUCAUGGAGUGGAGCCGGCAAGUGAAAACUCGCAAGGGCAAUUUGUAAAAAGCUUUGCUGCAGCUACUGCGACUGAACACGGGAAGCCUAGAUUACAUGACAAACAGUUACCAGACAUACCUCAAGCAUAUAGUGACGCGAUACCACAGAGUACGAAUCCCGUCGAACCUUUAUAUAACAUCAACGCCAUCAAGCGUCACACAGAAGGUGUUAAGAGAUUCGCGUCGGUUCCCAAAAAAGAGACAGUAUGGAACCUUAACUCAUCAGAGAAUACCAAUCCGAUAGAAGACGAACAAUCAAUAACCGGUCGGGAUUAUGCGCUUCGUACUCCCCCCCCUACACCCGUUAGCCCAAGUUUUGCAAUAGCUAACGAGGCAACUUUCGGGCGCGCGUCUACCGAAAAGAGCGAAAGGGAUGGCGCUCACCGUCGGAAAGCCGAAUCAACCGUCGCCGCAAAGAUCUUUUCUGCGCUUAACAACUUUACUGAUCGAAAUGCCACAGCUAAAUACGAACCUGACUUUUCGGAUAAAGCAGAUCGUCACGUAAAAGACAAACGGGAGCAUGGCGCCAAUGCCAGUAAGGAUGGUAAGAGACGUAGACGGUCUUUUGUCAAGAAUACCAUAAUUGUCACGCAACGUCCGGACGAUACGCAAGCAUCAUCUGGAACGACGCAACCAGAUUUUAGCGAUGGUAAUGCAAAUGACAAUAACAGAGCCACUAUUGGCGCUCAAGGCCGUAAAUGGCUCCUGGCACAAUGCGUGACUAGAAAUGCUCCUACUGAGAGUACAAACCAAGGAGCAAUAAACACUGCAGAGAACGCAAGCAAUGAUCAAGGCCCGAAUUCUUUAGAUGACCAUCAAUUGAGGUCUAGUCCAGAUAGUUUUUAUGCAGAAAGUUUGUACGACUUGUAUCAGUAUUCUGAAGAUUCCGCUGGAAUUUCUUCAGCGUCGCUGCAAGACCAAGAUAAAAACAAAGGUCAAGAUGACGAAACUAAUGAUAUCUGGAGAGUUGUUAACGGUCUUCGUUUGAGUUCACACGUUUCUCAAGGCAAUCGUAAUGUUUACCAGAAGGAUGCUGCUGGUGUCGAGAGCGAUGCGUAUUAUAUGGCCAAGAAAGAUGGAGAUGCCGCUAGUUUUUAUCGCAAUGACCCAUCUGGAUCUUACCGCUCUACAUUUACUCCACCACCGCUUAGACCUGUUGUCAAGCCGCAUUCACCUGCCUCUAAUAAAAUGUCAAGCGAUUAUUUUCUACCCAAACUUGGAACUAUUUAUGGAUCGGCAGCAGCACGAAUUUAG